AUGUACAAACAAACAUCACAUCGGCUACUAACGGCUACAAAACGGCACAAACGGAUCCUAACUGCUACAAGCGGCACAAACGGCGUUGAGGAAGACCGGCGUCUUUGGCUGAGGGCACUUAACUUACAAAACCCUCCAAAAAAGCCUUAUGUCUGUUCAUUUCAUUUUGUGGAUGGUAGACCUACUACCCAACAUCCGUAUCCUGAGAAAUGGCUUGGCUAUGAAGCUCCGGUGCAACGUCCGCGACGACAGCUUGUUAGGCAAUCAGAGGCAUCAACCAGCAAUGCUGCUGAGGCUGAGCCUGAGCUCGAGCCCGACGGUGAUGGACAUCGCGACAUCGGAACACAGUGGGAAGAUCAAUGCAUGACCGAUCACGACUAUGCUGCAAGACCUUUACUUCUCCAACCUCUGCUGUGUGACCAGGCAACCCAGUGCUCAGCGAGUACUGCAAAAUAUCAAGAGUUUGUGCGAAAUGACAACUUGAGCCUUCUCUACACUGGGCUGCAUCUGGAUGCUUUCACCUCCUUGGCUGAUGACCUAACCCGUGAUUUCACUAACAGCUCUCAUAUUCAUCCAUAGGAUCAGGUCUUAAUGACUCUCAUGAAGCUUCGUCUGAACCUACUUCAACAUGACAUCGCAGAGAGGUUUCAGGUGUCACAGCCCUUCGUCAGCAAGGUAAUUUCUUACUGGUUAGAGGUCAUGGAGGAGAGGAUGCGGGUUUACAUCCCUUGGCUACCCAGGGAGACUAUUAGGGCAACAAUGCCACAGUGUUUUAAAGAGCAUUAUCCAUUAACCACCUGUGUCAUCGACUGCUCUGAAACACCCCUUCAGAAGCCCCACAACCUUGAUUCUUACAGCCACUACUAUGGACAAAAUACCAUCAAGUUCCUGGUAGCAAUUGCACCUUGUGGCCUUAUCAUGUUCGUAUCACCUGCAUAUGGAGGAAGGUGCAGUGACAAGUUCAUCACUGCAAAUUCUGGUUUUCUGGAAUACCUGCGUCCAGGUGAUGAGGUCAUGGCUGAUAGGGGCUUUGUCAUUCAUCUUCUCACUGAAAGAAGGGUCAAGCUAGUCCUGCCAGCUUUUACAAAAAAAGGCAUGCAGCUUUCAGAGGAGGACACAACUAACACAAGACGCAUUGCCAAUGUGCGUGUCCAUGUUGAAAGGGUCAUUCGCAGAUUGAAGAACUUUAGAGUUCUCUCUCAAACAGUCCCAAUUAGCCUUGCAUCUAAAUUUGACAAGAUUCUGAGAGUUUGUGCUGCCCUGUGUAACCUUCGUGGUGACAUCAUUCAUGACAAUGACGAAUAA